AUGCGACUCACUCUCUCCAAGGCAAUCGGGACGGCGGUCCUGUUCACGACUGCGGCAAACGCCGCCGUAGCUGGGACUUUCUCUUCCCAAUAUUCCAGAUUUGUGCGCGACUUUCAAGACGUAGCGGACAAGAUAUCCGACUUUGAAGUCCAAGCGCAGAAUGUUGGCAAAGCCGUGCAGAACAUUGGUCAACGUCUCAUCAACGACCCGAGUUCCGCAGAGGUCCUUCUCGAGGAGGUUAUCGCGGAUGGUCUGCUCAUGCUCAAAGAGGAGUUCCCGCCGCCAGAGACCGCCGGUGGGCACGAUGCUCGUCGGGAGCAUGUACAGAGGACUAUGGACGUCGUUUUCGACCGCAUCUACGAAGUUCUGCCUUCUCUGAUCAAUCUCUCCGACGAAGAGUUGAGAAGAGACUUGGCAGGAGUACGCGGCGCCUUAGAGACGCUCUUCACUGUGACGGGGGACCUCGUUGAGCAACAUCCGGCACUCGUGGAAGUCUUGCUGGUAUCCGGCACUGUUCUUGGCGGCCUGCUCGUUCCCGAGUGGUGGAUCCUCCGCCCUCUGCUGCGCGCCAUCGGGUUCGGACCGUUGGGCCCAGUGAAAGGAUCGGCCGCCGCAUGGGCUCAGCGCUUCUUCUGGGGUGGUGCAGUGAAGAAGGACAGCUGGUUUGCAGCUCUUCAGCGCGCCGGUAUGAUCGGUGUACCCUGGUUCAAGCGCGCAUUCUGUGCGGUAUGCGGAUGGCUGGGAUGGUUGCAGUACUGUAAGGCGUAG